UUUCAGGGCAGGGAGGGGGAAGGAAUUGAGAGAUUGAGGGAGGGAUGUGACGUGAGCGAGCGGGAGUAUGGAAACUGAUCAUUGCAGGCUGAGCACUGUUGGAUAAUUCUGCUCUCCCUCUUUCCCUCUCCCUCUUUCCCUCUCCCCCUCGCGCUCUCUCUUGCGCUCUCACUCUCUCACCACUAUACAUCCCUAGCGAAGCUGCUCUGACCAGAAAAACAAACACCAUCCACAUACUCAUACUCUGACAUGCAGCGGAGAGGACUGCUGCCUCUGUUCCCUCAUCUCCUCUCUUUCACACACAGACACUCACCCUCUAUCUAAUUACAAACACCCACUUCUGCCCUGCAGUUGAAGGAGACCGAAAGAAGGAUACGGCAGUAAUGUGGCUGAGGAGCUUCAUCUGAAAACAUCUGCCUGGAGGACUCCUCCCUUCUCCUCUCUUGGUGGUCAACCCCAGCUCUGCAGCAGAGUAAGACUCCCCGCUGUGUGUUGCUGCCCGGGGAAUGCUCGACUGACGGACAGAAAAGGCCUGAACACGAUGAGCAGCCAGGACAAAUGGGUCACACUGACCCCAACUGAAUUCGCCUUGCUGCAGGAUUACACUCAGUACUCCACCAAGAAGCUGAAGGAUGUGCUGCAGGAGUUCCAUGGAGAUGGUGUGUUGGCAAAAUACAAUCCAGAGGAGAAGCACGACAUCCUCAGCCAGGAUAUCGACUUUGAGGGCUUCAAGGUCUUCAUGCAGACGUUCUUGGAGAGCGAACUCCCCGAAGAGUUUUGUCAACACCUCUUCAUGACAUUUAGCAACAAGGGUCCCAAACCCAGUCCCUCAUCUUCUGACAAACCCAGAGUCUCUGGGCUGAAGCUGAUGAAAGGCAGCUCAACCCCUCUGAAGACAGUCACACUGCCACAGCCUCUGGAUACGGUGCAGCUGAAGGACAUCGUGUGUUACCUCUCGUUGCUGGAGGGCGGGCGUCCUGAGGACAAGCUGGAGUUUAUGUUUCGCCUCUAUGACACUGAUGGAAAUGGCUCUUUGGACAGCUCGGAGCUGGAGCACAUUAUCUCCCAGAUGAUGCAUGUAGCCGAGUACCUGGAGUGGGACGUGACUGAGCUGAAACCAAUCCUGCAGGAUAUGAUGUCGGAGAUAGACUAUGAUCGCGAUGGCACGGUGUCACUGGAGGAGUGGAUCCAAGGAGGCAUGACCACUAUCCCACUGCUGGUUCUGCUGGGCCUGGAGACGAAUGUUAAAGAUGACGGGCAACACGUGUGGAGGCUGAAGCACUUCAACAAGCCGGCUUACUGUAACCUGUGUCUCAACAUGCUAAUUGGACUGGGGAAGCAGGGACUCUGCUGCUCUUUCUGCAAAUACACAGUGCAUGAGCGCUGUGUGGCUCGCGCUCCUCCGUCUUGCAUCAAAACCUAUGUCAAGUCCAAGAAAAACACAGAGGUAAUGCAUCAUUUCUGGGUGGAAGGGAACUGCCCCACCAAGUGUGACAAGUGUCACAAAACCGUUAAGUGUUACCAGGGCCUGACUGGGCUCCACUGUGUGUGGUGUCAAAUCACGCUCCAUAACAAGUGUGCCUCCCAUGUGAAACCUGAGUGUGACUGCGGACCCCUGAAGGAUCACAUCCUGCCCCCGAAUUCAAUCUGCCCCGUCGUCCUGGAAAGGCAGUCGACGCUGAGGAAGGACUCCCGGUGCAGUCUGUCGAGCCGGGGGAAGAUGCAGAGAGCCAACUCCGUCACUGUGGACGGCCAAGGACUGCAGAUCACAACAAUAGAGGGCACUCAUCCUCUGCUAGUGUUUGUCAAUCCAAAAAGCGGAGGGAAGCAGGGAGAGAGGAUAUACAGAAAGUUCCAGUAUCUUCUGAACCCGAGACAAGUGUACAACCUGGCCAAGAAUGGACCCAUGCCAGGGCUGAACUUCUUCAGAGAUGUUCCUGAUUUCAGAGUGCUGGCCUGCGGAGGAGACGGCACUGUGGGAUGGAUCCUCGACUUUAUAGAUAAGGCCAACCUGGACAGGAACCCCCCUGUGUGUAUACUUCCUCUUGGCACGGGCAACGACCUGGCGAGGUGUCUGCGAUGGGGAGGAGGCUAUGAGGGCGAGAGCCUCCUGAAGAUAAUGCGGGACAUUGAGAACAGUUCAGAGUUGAUGCUGGACCGCUGGAAGAUUGACGUCACGCCCACGGACAAAGAGGAGCGAGGGGACCCGGUGCCUUACAGUAUCGUCAACAACUACUUCUCCAUCGGAGUGGAUGCCUCAAUCGCACAUCGUUUCCAUGUUAUGAGGGAAAAGCAUCCAGAGAAAUUCAACAGCAGAACAAAGAAUAAGCUGUGGUACUUUGAGUUUGGCACUUCAGAGACCUUUUCUGCCACAUGUAAGAAGCUCCAUGACUUUCUGGAGGUUGAGUGUGAUGGUGUUACUCUGGACCUCAGCAGCAUCUCUUUGGAAGGCAUUGCCAUUCUCAACAUUCCCAGCAUGCACGGCGGCUCAAACCUUUGGGGUGAGAGCAAGAAGAGGAGGGGUAACCGCAAAGGAGGCAAAAAGAGCCAAGACAAGAGGACACCAGUGCUGGACCCCAAGGAACUGAUGUUUGCAGUUCAAGAUUUGUCUGACCAGCUGCUGGAGGUGGUGGGGCUGGAAGGAGCCAUGGAGAUGGGUCAGAUCUACACCGGCCUGAAGAGCGCUGGGAGACGCCUGGCACAGUGCUCCUCCGUGACCGUCAGAACCAGUAAAUCCCUCCCCAUGCAGAUUGACGGGGAACCUUGGAUGCAGACUCCCUGCACUAUUGAGAUCGUCCACAAGAACCAGGCUCCCAUGUUAAUUGGGGCGCCACAAUGCCGAAGCUUCUUCUCCUCCGUCAUCAGACGAACUCGCACUGAGAGCAAAGACUGAUCGCUUCAAGACCUUUGAGUUCCACAAUCCGCUGCAGAGCAGCAGCCACAAGUUGAUCGUCACUCGGCCUGUUAGUGAAGGAGGGUCUUUGAUGCCUGUUUGACAGCGCAGUGGAAGUAGCAAACUGUAGGUUCAGUAUGUAUUGCCGGUGGCUGGGGGUCACUGAGAAGCUUUUAUUCGAUGCAGAAUGAGGUGUAUUUUAGAACUGAUGCUUCAAACUACAGUGUGUAGAGUAGUUUAGCUCCAAAAAUACUGAAGCUAUUUCGGGAAGUCACAUUUUAUAAAAGUAUUUUUAUUUCUGCUGUUGUGAUCUGUGCCAUGUGGAAAAAAAGCCCACAAAUGAAUGUGUUUUUGUGAUAGGAUGUAUUUAUUUAUUUAUUCAUACUUUGCUGCUAUUGAUGUAUUUUAACAGUUUUUUGCAUUUGCAUUCGACUGAUGCAUGAUGGACAGAGAAAGAGUUUGUCGUUGUGGAGGCUGACAUAUCUGGAGCUUGCAGCUGAUCCUUAGUAAGUGUUUAGUAAGAUGUAACGUUUAUUUGAUCAGCAUUUUUUCAGCGCUUCACUCGUGAAUGGCUUCAAGUAGUGAAAAGAGAGAAAGUAACUUUUUGUUUCUUUUAAUGGUUCCUGCAAGUCAUCCUUGUCAUGUUGUGAUGCUGCUCCAUCAGUGGAAAGAUUAGGAAUGAAUAUUGAUCCUCAUAAAAAAUGCAUGACACUCUUUGUUUUAUGUUGCACGAGAGAUUUCCAGACAGUUUGACCAACUGCGUGAACACUUCCUGUUGCAUGAGUGACCAAGAUCUGUUGUGACACUUGUGGAAUUUGAUUGUUUUUUGAAUCUACGUCUGCAGUGCUGCUCAUUUGAACCAUAUCAAACUUCAUAACAUGGCUACAUUUUUGUGAGAUCCUGUGUUUCUGAGCAGGUACUCAGGAACUUUUAAAUUGAGAAAGGUUCAAAUGAAACAAAAAAGAGAAGUGUUUAUACUGUAUAUUGUUACAGUGACUCUAUAGUUGGAUAUUCACAAGAGGCAGUUUGACCUCCUCUGGUCAUUGAUUUGCUCCAAUGUCUACGGUUGAGUGUUUACAGUCCGCUGUGCAUCAAAGCGUAUAUUGACCAAUUUAAGGUCUAAAUACAAAAUGACUAUUGACAUAUAUAUAUAUAGUAGGCUACAUGCUUGAUUUAAAUAAUCAAUACUUCAAAUCAAUCCCAUCUAAUAAUUACAGUUUCAGAGGCAUGUUACAGCCACUGAGUAUGCACAUGCUGGCUACACAUUAAUUUAAAAAAAACAUUUUUGGAACAUUUUCAUUAAUUUCAAACAGCUUAAUUCAUAAGAUCCUCCUUACACAUGGCAUUAUACUGGGUGGUCAAGCUACUGAUUCAACACAUUUCUGCAUUUAAAUAGUAUUUAUCUCAUUCAUUCUCACCAAAGACACAUUUUGGUGGAUUUCUUACAGACCUACCAGCGUGAAACAAACCUGAUAAAUAUUUUUGUUUUAACUGAAUUGCACUCCUGCUUGUUUUGUAUGAUGAUUUAAAGCUUGACUGUUUCAGUCUUUAAAAGUGCCAUAUGCCUGUGGAGACUGAGGUCUGGUAAGUCUCCUGCGUCUUUGCUUUGUACGGUGCUGAGUUUGCACAGUGAGGUUGUAUUUUUGUACACAGUAUUUAUUUAUUUUUCCGCUUACUGCUUUCACUCUUGAACUAGCACCAUGUUGUUCUGAAUAAAAUGAAAACUCAUUCUGCCUGCCAAUGUUGACUGGGUAAAGUGAUAAUGGAAAUAAUAAAAAAUAAAGUUUUUUUGUUUGA